AGCGCCUACAGCUCCCGUACGCCCGGCGAGCUGGAGUACUACCGGCACUUCUGCGUCCCCGAGUUCAAAAACCUGCAGAAGGCUCCCAUCCAGGUCCUGAAGGACAAGGAGUGCCCGGCCGUGAUUAUCCCCAGCACCCCGCUGGCACGGCGAUGCUUCCCGGCCAUCCGGGCCAAGAAGGGCGUCAUCAUGGUCGGCAACGAGACCACCUACAACGAUGGCCACGGGCACUGGAGGAACGUCACCGAGCUGCUGGAAGGGGCCAAAAAAGCAAACGUGGUCCUGGAAACCAGACAACUGGCCAUGAAGAUCUUUGAAGAUUACACGGUUUCCUGGUACUGGAUAAUAAUAGGCCUCGUGAUCGCCAUGGUGGCCAGCUUCAUCUUCAUCGUCCUGCUCCGAUUCCUGGCCGGGAUCAUGGUCUGGGUGAUGAUCGUGAUGGUCAUCCUGGUGCUGGGCUAUGGAAUCUUCCACUGUUACAUGGAAUAUGCAAAACUAAAAGGGGAAGCGGGUUCUGACAUCUCCCUGACGGACCUGGGAUUUCAGACCGACCUACGCGUCUACCUCCACCUGCGGCAGACAUGGCUGGCAUUCAUGAUCAUCCUGUGCAUCGUGGAGGUGGUGAUCAUACUGCUGCUCAUCUUCCUCCGCAAGAGGAUCCUCAUUGCCAUCGCGCUCAUCAAGGAGGCCAGCAGGGCUGUUGGUCACAUCAUGAUGUCGCUGCUGUUCCCGUUGUGCACCUUCUUCCUGCUGUGUCUCUGCAUCGCCUACUGGGCCAGCACCGCCGUUUUCCUCUCCACCUCCAACGAGGCGGUCUAUAAGGUGUUUAACGAGACUGCGUGCCAGUUUUCCGGGCAGACCUGCAAACCAGAGACCUUCAACACAAGCAACGUCACCAAGCUGUGCCCCGACGCCCAGUGCCUCUUCGCGUUCUACGGGGGCGAGACGGCGUACCACAAGUAUCUCAUCGUCCUCCAGUUCUUCAACGUCUUCAUGUUUUUUUGGCUCGCCAACUUCGUGAUCGCGCUGGGCCAGGUGACGCUGGCGGGGGCCUUCGCAUCGUACUACUGGGCCUUCAAGAAACCCGAUGACAUGCCCGCCUUCCCUCUCUUCUCCGCCUUCGGCCGCGCGCUCCGGUACCACACCGGCUCGAUAGCCUUCGGCUCUCUGAUCCUGGCCAUCGUCCAAGUCAUCAGGGUCACUCUGGAGUAUCUGGACCACAGGUUAAAAGCUGCAGAUAAUAAGUUUGCCAAGUUCCUCCUGAGCUGCCUGAAGUGCUGCUUCUGGUGCCUGGAAAAAUUCAUCAAAUUCCUCAACAGAAACGCGUACAUCAUGAUCGCCGUCUACGGCACCAACUUCUGCACCUCUGCCAGGAACGCGUUCUGUCUGCUGAUGAGGAACAUCAUUAGGGUGGCCGUUUUAGAUAAAGUCACGGAUUUCCUCUUCUUCCUCGGUAAACUCCUCAUUGUGGGAAGCGUCGGAAUCCUUGCCUUCUUUUUCUUCACCCAGAGGAUAAAGCUGGUCCAAGACACAGCGCCGCCCCUGAAUUACUACUGGGUCCCUAUUCUGACAGUGAUCGUGGGCUCCUACCUCAUCGCCCAUGGGUUCUUCAGCGUGUACGGCAUGUGUGUGGACACCCUCUUCCUCUGCUUCUUGGAAGACCUGGAGCGUAACGACGGUUCGGCCGAAAAGCCUUACUUUAUGUCGCCCAACCUGAAAAAGCUCCUGAAGAAGACGAACAAAGGUCAGCCGGAUGCCUAG